AUGGAUCAAUGUGAUUCUUCUAAGUUGAAAAUAGAUUACUUAAGUUAGGAAAUCUAAAAUUUAAACUAAAGGUUAGAAGAAUAAAUAAACAUAAACUUGUAAUAUUAAAGUCUAAUUAAUGGACGAACUGAUAUGAAAAUGCUAUUGAGUGUUAUGCAAUCAGAAUAAGAACUUUUGAAAUAAUAAAUAACAAAAUUACUUAAUGAGAGGAAUGAAGCUGUAUCAAAGGUAAUUGAAUAUGUAAUUUAGGUUCUUAUUUUAGAAUAGAUACUCUAAGUAACUCAAUAGGAGAGUGAUUUCAUUCUGAAAGAGUCAGAAUAAAGAAUUAAACAAUUUCAAGAACAAAUCAAAUAUUAUGAAUUGUCAUGUUAAAACUUAAAUCUUUAUGAAAAUGAUCCUCAAAAUCAGGGUUAUUUAAUAAAGUAUAAAUAAGUAUAAAAUAUAAUACAUUUUUUAGAUUGUGAAUUUGAAUGAAGCUACAUUGAGAUUAUAAUAAGAGAUUGAGAAUUAUAAGAUUUAAUUAGCUUUAGCUCAUAUGAAAAUGAACAAGUUAUAAGAAUCUAAAAAUGAUUUAAUCUAGUUAAAUUUUGUAAAACAAAAGUAUUUAAUUUUAGACUCUCUCUAAUGAAAUAUGUAGAUUAAAGAUGUAACCAAGUCAAGGAGUCAAAAAUAUAGAUAAAUAUAUCUCUUAGUUAGUUGAAGUCUAAAAGAAAUUAGUUUAAAUUGAUGAAGAUGAUUCAGAUAAAGAUUGCACAUCUCCAAUGGAAGAUAGAAUUCAUUCAAAUAAAUGUAUAAAUGAAUCAAUAUUGAGAGACCAUUUUUACUUAGCACAAUAUGCCAAAAUUAGAUUUAAAGAGAGCUCAAUAAAUUUAAGCCUUUACUUUAUAACAAAUCAAUAUGAAAUAAUAAAAGAACUAAGAUUUAAAUCAUUAAGAAGAAUUAUAAAAAUGGAUAAAUGAAUAUAAGUAUUUGAAAAACAAUUAUGAUGCUUCUAAAAUAUUAUUUGAUUAAUUGAAAAUUCAAUAUGAAGAUCUUUAAAGAAAAUAUCAUGAAACAUUAUCAAUAAAUGCUACAUUAAUUAGAGCAAAUUAAAAUUAUGAAGAAAAAUGGUAGAGUAUUAAUAAACAACAUGUUAUUUAUAAAGAAUUUUAUUUAUAGUAUAAGGAUUGUUUAGAAAUUUUCAAUAAAAGUUUAAGUAAUAAAAAACUAUAAGAAUCUCUAUCUGAAAGAAAAGAUCUAUGUGAAUUUUCUAUAUAAGAUUCUAAAUUAAGACCUACAUCAUAAUUGAGAAGAUCAAGUGUUAAUGUUGUUGGAAUUACAUCAGUAGAUUCAACAGCAAAUUGCAUUAAUUAUAAAGAUAAAUUAAUUUAGAUGACUAAAGAUGUUUUUUAAAUUUUUAAGAAAAAGUAAAAUGAAAAUGAAAGUAGUGAUGAAGAUAUUCCAUAAAUAAAUUAAAUGAAAAGAGAAUUUACUAUAUCAAACAAUUUUUAAUCUAAAUAAAGACAAGUAAAAAAAUGA